AUGGAGGAGUCUCAUCACCAAUUGCGUGAGAUUCGAAGAGCUCACUCUGAACCCGAGAGGGGCCUUUGGCAGGAGAUCCAGAUGGCGAUAGGCAACGAGCACACUGCAAGCACUCUUCCCGUGAGUUUGCGGAAGCAGUGUGAGGAAAUCCUCGAAAGACGAUUGAUUUGGCUCGGCGACUUCAACACGGAGCUGGCUGCCAUUCUGGCCCGUGGCCAGGAGGUGCGAGAGCGGCUCCUCUUUGAGGAUGUGGACCGUGCCGGCUGGUUCAGUGCGGCGGGGAUCAGUGCUCUGGAGGUUCAGCGUUUGCUGGAACGACAUGCCGAGAUGCAUCAGCGCGCUGCUCGAUUCUCUCGGCAGCUGAAGCUCCUGAGCCGUGGGCUUCAGCAACAGGGUGCGCUCUCCUCCCGCCGGCGUGCUUUUCAGGCAAAGACCGUCGGCGAAAAACUGCAAUCGUCAUUGGUAUGCCUUGCUGCAGUGGCUGUGGCUCCGGUCCCUGGAUCCAGUGAGAUGUGGCUGGCAACCACCACCAUGAUGUGGUUGGACAAAGACCAAGCAUGGCAACAUGUCGUGUACGAACACCCUCGAGAUGCGGACACCGACACAAUUCUGGAUCAGUUCCAGUGUCGCUCCAGCAAGGCAAAGGCCAAGCUGGCCGAGUGGAAGGCUCUGCCGUCCGAGCGCAAGCGAGGAUGCGUACUCGUGCACAAUGCCUCAGUGAGGCGAAUUCUGGUCAAGCCGAGGCUUGUAAGCCACAUCAGUGGACAGGGCGACUCUGGAGGCGAUUGGACGCAGGCACUGGACCACCACCCCUUGGGCAACGUCAUGAAGAAGGCCUUCACGCUUGGCAGCUACUCCAAGAAGGACGACAGUGCUCUGGUCAUAGCACCUCAAAGGCUCGCCGUGGUGCCUCUCCCGCCAAAGCCAGACACGAACUGGGGCUGGAAAGGACACUUUGCAUAUGGCGACACCAAGGUCGGGGACUGUGCGUUUCGAGAAGGUGGAGUGUUUAGCUUCAUCAGUGUCGAUUGUGGACUUCGCGUGGGUGACCGAGAGGGUGAUGGCCGAUACACUUCGGAUGGCAAGUGUGAGGAUGAGGACCUCAUUCAGCCCAAGCUUGGGGGAGAGGUCGCAGCUACCGACAUAGCAAGCAACGACCCGGGUGAGCCACAAAAGCCUGUGGAUGAACCAACUACGACGUUGGAGGUAGCAAACUGUACCGACGAACCCGUGCAAGUGAAGAUUUUCGAGCCGGGUCACAGCCACGCUGCUUCGCGGCUCUUCCGCAGCGCGCUGGCUGAGGGUACGAUCAGUCCUGCAACGAAUCGCGUCUUCACGUUGAAGGCGUCGAAGGACGGCAGUGACACUGACCUGGACGUUGAGAUCCGCAUCGGCAACAAGAAAGCCAAGUGCGAGGUCGUGGGCGAUCAGGUGAUUUUCGUCGAUGGCCUCAUGGGUGACAACUGA